AUGGGACUGGAACCUACCACCAUAUCGAAUUUUACCGGGGAGGAGUGUGUGACGGAACCCUGGAUACACGCCCGACCCCCCGAAGGCAGCGACGUCGAUUGCCAUGGAUUGCUUCGUGCUGAGAAGCUUUCAAACCCCACAACCUCUCCUUUUGAUGAUAUUGAUAAGAUCUGCAAGGGUCGACCCUCCAACAACCUCACAUCUCCUCCCAUCACAUUUUAUCCCAAACACUCACCAAUCCAGCCCACCAUCUUCGCCAUCACAACCAUGGCAGACCCCUACACUUCCACACGAGAAGCCUUCACCACCCGCCUAACCAGCGCCGAAAUCCCCCCCAACGCGCACACCACGUUCAAAACCUAUGCAGAAACCCACCAAAAGCUCCUCACCGCCCUCCUCCAACACCCAGCCAUGGCCCCGAAUCUCCAACAAACAUACAUGACCCCGGCGAAUUCAAAGAAUAAAAUUUACUUCAUGUAUGUAAACAAACACCCACCCGAAUUGCCCCAAAUGAAAAAUAUAUCCUCAGCCAACCAUUCCUCAUUCAGUCAGUCCUCCCCCUCCCCACCACCAUCCCCGGGCCUCAUCCUCCAAUUCGACCCACUCCGCAACCCCGCCCGUGGACCAAAGAAAGCGAUCUGGAAUGACGUGGUGAGCAGGACAACGACACGUCGAAACUUGAGAUUAUGCUGGAAGGACAGUAUCCUGAUCAGCGGGGAAGACAUCCGGAGAUUGGGGAAGAGGUUUUGGGUGCUGCGAGGGAUUUGCCGUGAUGACGGGGAGAGGGGGGGGGGGAUUGGAGAGGAGAGGGAGGGGUAUGAGGAUUGGAUGGUGGAGGUGGAGGGGCUUUGUGAUUACGAUUGUGGUUGGGACCGCUUGUCAAUGCCGAAUCGAUUGCUCGCCUUUGCAUUUUACACGCAUUAUCAUCGUCGUAUUGACACCCUCCAUCGGAAGAAGAUGACAAUGCUCAACUUUCCGACAGAGUCAUUACCCGACCCUUCACCUGCUCUGAGCACCCCGAACGCGGACCGCGUCCAUGCGAAAUGUCGUCAUGCACAGAUUGUCGAGCCUUGCGAACGAAACCAUGAUAAAAUAUACAUCGAAUAG